AUGGCGAGUCAAACACAAGGGAUCCAGCAAUUGCUGGCAGCUGAAAAACGUGCUGCAGAAAAAGUGUCAGAGGCAAGAAAGCGAAAAGCGAAACGCCUAAAGCAAGCCAAAGAAGAGGCCCAGGAUGAAGUUGAAAAGUACAGACAGGAGCGUGAAAGGCAGUUCAAGGAAUUUGAAGCUAAGCAUAUGGGCUCAAGGGAAGGUGUUGCAGCUAAGAUCGAAGUAGAAACCAAGGUGAAGAUUGAAGAGAUGGUCAAAAUGGUCCAGACCCAACAGGAAGCUGUCAUUCAAGACAUUCUUCAGCUGGUGUAUGACAUCAAACCCGAGUUACACGUCAACUACCGCAUAGUCUAA